GUUUUUGCUGGAGAUUAGAAUGAACUUUGGCUCAGUUCCUCUUGUGAAGGGAAAGAAACUACGAGUCUGUGGAUCCCUGUUUGUGAGAACAAACAUUUCCUGUCUUUAUUGAUUUGCUCAUGAAGUUAUCAGGGGAUGAAGGUUAUAGUGUUCGGCUUCUUUAACGAGACUGUUUGCGCCUUGGACACAGAGCAGAUAAUGGCUCCAGAGGGGAGCCGUCAAUCCGUUUCCAGUUUAUAAUUUGACACUCAUAUCUCUGGGGUGUUGUCUAAAUAAAGGGAAGUAGCAUUGAACUCGACGAGCAGCAUGAACGGCAGCACAUCGGAUGAUGCUGGACGCGACUCAACUGGAUCAGAAGCAGCUGUCGGCAGCAAUACCGACGCCCACGGCGGCAGCUCGGCCACACAGGGCACCGUUGUGGCGCGACUGUCUCGGUAUGGCCUCCAGGUCCUGCCCGGUUCUUUCCAGCGUAGGUCGCGGCUGCAGAGGCAGCAAAAAGCCGCAGCUGUCAGCGGCGCACCGGGAGGUCCGCUGCCGAGAGAGGCUCCGGAGAGGGGGUCGCUCACACCCGCCAUGCGUAAGAAGUACCUGAAAGAGCUGUUCAGUAACGCGUCCAACAGCGGGUUCAGCAGCGCACUGUCCUCCCAGACCGAGACCGACAGCGUGUCCUCCGAGCCGGAGGACGCAGACUGGGCUCUGUGUCCCAUGGAGCACGCGUGGAUGCUGUCUUCAGUGGAGGGGAACUACGACACCAUCCUGGAGUUCAUCUCCGAGGAGCCGAACCUGCUGACCAGGAGGGACUUCGUCAGCGGGUACUCGGUGCUGCACUGGCUGGCCAAGAGGGGCCAGGACGAGACUCUGCUCAAACUUCUGCACUACGCGGAAACUGCGGGGAUCCGCGUGGACGUUAACGUGCGGGGCAGCGGAGGGCUCACCCCGCUGCACGUCGCCAGCAUUCACUCCCAGUACAUGGUCGUCAAACUGCUGGUGGGGGCUUUCAGUGCCAACGUGGAUGCCAUGGAUUAUAACGGGAGGAGAGCCUGGCAGUAUCUGAGGGGAGACGCCCCGCUGGAGAUGAAGGAGCUGCUGGGGACCUGGGACGAGGAGCACAGCUUCGGAGCUAUGCGAACUGUCAACGGGAAUAUGAACAACAGUGCGGGCUCAGUGCCCCUGACCCCGGGUGGCGAGGAGGUGGCGGACGGACAGACUGAAGGGGACUUCUUUGACCGGACUAAGAGAAGCGGCAGCUGGAGAUUUGGCUCCUUUAAGAAACUGCUGCCCUCGUUUUCGUUUUUAGGAAACAAAAGCUGAAGUUAGGACACAGACCUCCGAAUGUCUGCAAUCAUUUCACAUUUUAUACACUUGUGGUUUUCAACCUGGAUCCAGAACACUGCAGUUGACUGAAAUUCCCUCCACUCACAACUUGUUUUUAUUACACCAAUCAAUUAAGAUGUAGUUUAUGUAAAAAUAUAUUUCUUUUCAAAUACCUUCUGAACUGAGACACAAAAAUAAAAUCAAGCCUAUAAUUUAUAAGGAGUCACCCAGUAUACAGGUAUUUUAAAGAUGUGACCAACUGGUUUACUCCCAGUUGGAAUACUGCUUUCCAUGGAAAUAUAUUAAUUGUGCAUUAACUUCACUGAACCUCAAUUCAAUAAACUGUAUAAUCUGUUUUUU